AUGGUGCUUCCCAGAUCAUCAUCCGCUGUAACUUCAAAUUCCUCGGACCAAUUCAAUUGGGUAUGUUCCAUGUCAGGAUUUGGUUUUGAUUCUAAGAACAAUGAUUUUAAGGUCGUCAAAAUUUUCCUCCGUCUCUGGGAACGAGUUACUCCACUAGUUGAAAUCUACUCUCUUGCUACUGCUAAAUGGAGAAGCAGCAUCAGUACUGGAUCAAGAUCAGGUCCUUCUAUAUGUUCUUGUUUGCAUGGUUUGACAAGGGAUCAAAUAUUCAUUAAUGGUUCUUUACAUUGGCUUGUUUGUGGAUGUUGCAAUGGUCUACAACGUCGUAAAUUUAUACUAUCGUUUGACCUAGCUGGAGAGACAUUCGGAGAAUUAAUGAUGUUGCCAGCCUGUUUGAAUCCUCUGGCUUCAUGUCAUAGGCUGUCUCUUUUAAUGACAGGAACCAAUAAUUCAUCACUUGUUUUGGUUCAUGAAAAGGAAGUAAGGUGGUCCCAUAAUAACGUGUUUGAUAUUUGGGUGAUGAGAGAGUAUGGUAAUGUGGAUUCAUGGAAUCUGAUAUUCUCUUUUGACUCGUCAAGGCUCUAUAAUGGAGAGAUUUCAAGAGUAAUAGCUAUGAGGAGUAGUGGAGAAUUGGUGCUGCAAACCUAUGGCAAUCAGACAAUUUUAUUAGAUCCAAAUAAAGAUUCAGUAGUGAGGUGUUUAGGACUUGAAGAAUAUAAUGUUCGUUUUGCUGGGGAUUACAUGGAGGCUUUGUCUUUGAUAAAUGAAGAAAAUUGUACUCCUUUUAUUAGCAGUGUUAUAAGAACUGCAGGAUAG